CAAAAGUGCUGCAGUAGACAAACCUUCCUUUGAGUUGUACUAGUUGCACGAAAACGCGAUGCUCGCUGGCAAGCUCCGGGCCCCAGCUUCCAAGCAGGCCUGCCCCACUCAGCGUCUUGCUACUCCCCGCAUUUCCAGCCGCUGUGCCCGCCAGCAGCGACUGCAAGUGAACGCUGUCGCCAUGGAGGCCCCGUCUACGUUGCGCACCUACCAAUACAGCAAGCUUAACCCAGCGGAGCUGAAGCAGGUUCUGGCUCGUCCUCGUAUUGAUUUCACCUCAAUCCUAAACACUGUCUCGCCUAUCGUGGAGAACGUUCGCGCAAACGGCGAUGCGGCCGUGCGCGAGUAUACGGCAAAGUUCGACCGUGUGAACCUGGACUCCGUGUGCGUGCCCAUCGAGGACAUCCCUGACCCGGUGCUGCCUGCCGAGGUGACCCAUGCCUUCGACGUGGCGUACAACAACAUCCGUGCCUUCCACACGGCGCAGCAGUCCGCGCCCAUGGAGGUGGAGACCAUGCCGGGCGUCAAGUGCAGGCGUGUGACCCGCCCCAUCAACGCUGUGGGCGUGUACGUGCCCGGUGGCACAGCGGUGCUGCCCAGCUCGGCGCUCAUGCUGGCAGUGCCCGCUGGCAUCGCGGGCUGCGGCACCAUCGUGUUGGCCACGCCGCCCCGCCCCGACGGCACCAUUACGCCCGAGGUGCUGUACUGCGCCAAGAAGGCGGGUGUGACCCACAUCCUCAAGGCCGGCGGCGCGCAGGCGGUGGCGGCCAUGGCCUGGGGCACAGCCUCCUGCCCCAAGGUUGACAAGAUCCUGGGUCCCGGCAACCAGUACGUGACGGCCGCCAAGAUGCUGCUGCAGAACUCUGAGGCCAUGGUGGCCAUCGACAUGCCGGCCGGCCCCAGCGAGGUGCUGGUCAUCGCGGACGCCGGCGCCAGCCCCGUGCACGUGGCCGCCGACCUGCUCAGCCAGGCCGAGCACGGCCCCGACAGCCAGGUGGUCCUGGUGGCGCUGCCGGGUGUGGACCUGGCGGCGGUGUCGGCCGAGGUGGACCGCCAGUGCAACGCCCUGCCGCGCAACGAGACGGCGCGCAAGGCGCUGGGCCACUCGUAUGUGGUGCAGGUGGCGUCGCGGGCCGAGGCCAUCCGCUUCAGCAACAUGUACGCGCCGGAGCACCUGAUCGUCAACGUGGAGGACGCCGAGGACUGGCUCAGCGAGCUGGACAACGCGGGCUCUGUGUUCCUGGGCCGCUGGACGCCCGAGUCGGUGGGCGACUACGCCAGCGGCACCAACCACGUGCUGCCCACCUACGGCUACGCGCGCAUGUACUCGGGCGUCAGCCUGGACAGCUUCACGAAGAAGAUGACUGUGCAGAACCUGACGUACGAGGGUCUUCAGAACCUGGGCCCCAGCGUGGCCAAGAUGGCGGAGAUCGAGGGGCUGGACGCGCACCGCCGCGCAGUCACCCUGCGUUUGGGCAUGCAGUAGGAAGCUCUGCAAUGUGAUGAGGGCGGAUGGGCUGAGGACUCGAGAGGUGACCGGAGGGGGGCAGCUGAGGUGCUGCAGUGCUGCGCGAGCGGUGUGCCGUGACGGUGGCGCAGGAGGAGGAGGAUGGAUGUGUUGGGGCUUGGAGCUGGGGUGCACCGGGGCAGGGGUCAAGGCGGCGGCAGCUGGCAAUGCCAGGCGUUGCGCUGCUGGGGUGCUGGGAGACGGGAUACUAACUGCGAAGAAUGGCCGCGAGGUUGGGGGUGUAUUGCGACGUUCGUGUGUGCGGCCGGUGACGCUUGCUUGCUGGCUGGCGUGGACUCGUGGAGGCGGAGUACAUGUGGAUCCGGGUCUCGGGAGCAUGGCUUCAGAAGAGAUCGCUGAACUUUCAAGGCAACGAUGCGCAUGCAAGUUGUGGAGCAAGGGGUGAGGCAUGUGCAAUUGCUUCACGCACAGAGCGGCACCCGGGAACUUGGUGUGUAACCACUGCUCACA